UCGGAUGCUCUGACCGGAGACUCCAAGUCCCAGCAUGAGUCGCGCAGUGGAGAUGUUGUCCAGGGAUCGUACUCCCUCGUCGAUGCCGAUGGCUUCAAGCGUACCGUCGAUUACACCGCCGAUCCGCACAACGGAUUCAACGCUGUCGUCCACCGUGAGCCCUUGGCCGCCAAGGUCGUCGCUGCUGCCCCGGUAGCCACCAAGGUCAUCGCUCAGCCAGCCCUCGCCUACGCCGCUCCGGUUGCCAAGACCAUCUCGUACGCUGCUCCUUUGGCCACCGAGAGCUACGUCGCCAGCCCGGCUCUGUCCUACGCCGCCCCAGCUCAUCUGGCUUACUCUGCUCCCCUGGCCACCAAGAGCUACGUCGCCAGCCCGGCCCUAUCCUAUGCUGCCCCAGUUUACUCUUCAUAUCACUAA